AUGUCUUCCAGUGUCUGCUGCAGGGUGGCUAGCUUUGCUGUAAAAUGCACGAGCCUGAACAGAGUCGGUUUCAGGGUGUCAACUUUGAACUACUACAGUUCAAAAAGCACAGUCAGUGAAGAUGUGAAUAAACCUAAAGCCAUAAGAAUUUAUACCAGAACUGGAGAUAAAGGAAUGUCAAGUACUUACAGCGGUGAGCGUAGACCCAAAGAUGAUGUCAUAUUUGAAGCACUGGGAAGCACAGAUGAAUUGACAUGUACUAUUGGCCUUGCCAGAGAGUUUUCUGAAGAUGCCAAGCACACGUUUAGUGACAAAUUAGAACAGGUACAAUGUCUCCUGCAAGAUGUUGGCUCUCACAUAGCAACACCAAGAACUGCAUUGUCAGAAACUAAACUUAAAAGAACUGAAUUCAGUAUUGAUAAUGUAGUAGAACUUGAGAAUUGGAUAGACAUGUAUACUGAUCAGCUCCCACCACUAAGGAAUUUCAUAGUACCUUCUGGUGGAAAGACAAGUACAGCAUUACAUUUAGCACGAUCUGUUUGUAGAAGAGCUGAACGAAGAGUCAUACCACUAGCCAGAGAUGGGGAGGUGGACAAUGCUGUUGUACAGUAUCUCAAUAGGCUGAGUGAUUUCCUUUUUACCUUAGCAAGGUAUGCAGCAAAGUUAGAAAAGAAAGAAGAAACUAUCUACCGGAAAGUUCAACCACAUAAACAAAAAUAA